UAUCCAGGCAGAACGACAUACCACAAAGCAUUUGUCUUGUUUAGCGUUCAUUAUUCUGUAUUGGCGUGCAAUAAUUUUAUUCCAUAUUGAUUAUGGGUUAUUAUGGAUGGAGAAUUAGGUGACGUGUUCCCCGUUGAAGAUGAUUUAUUUGAAGAUAGUUUCUCUAUGGAUUCUACCUAUAAUUUUUUUGGUCAUGAAUUUACAAUUAAUCAAUCGUUCAAUGCAAGUCUUGGGGUGGCUGCUUCAGUAUGGGACGCUGCAAUCCACUUGUGCAAUUUCUUUGAGAAAACAUCUCUGGAAUUAAGUGGAAAAUGAAUAAUUGAGUUGGGAGCAGGAACUGGUUUUGUUAGCAUACUGGCUGCAAGAUUAGGGGCCUGUGUGACGAUUACAGAUCUUCCUCUUGCUAUUCCACAAGCAGUCCGAAAUAUUGAAGUCAAUGCUCCUUCAGCUGGGUGGCCCUCAGAAGCACCCAGUGUGCUGCCGCUGUCAUGGGGACAGGACCAGGAAAACUUUUCCUCUGACUGGGACUUGGUAUUGGGGACUGAUAUUAUCUACUUACCUGAAACAUUUCCCCUUCUUUUGGACACACUGGUACACUUGUGCAAGAAUGGGGCUGUAGUAUACCUCUCCUCAAAAAUGCGCAGGGAACACAGCACUGAGGACUUCUAUGACAAAUGGCUGCCACAGAAGAUCAAGGUGGAGCUUGUGCAAAGAGAACCAGAGAACAAUAUCAACAUAUAUAGAGCAGCCCUCAUAUGUGAUGUAUAAUAAAUGAGCUUGUUUUGUUGACUGUAGGAUUUAAUUGAGCAAAUUUAUAAAAAUAAUGAACACCAGAAAUGCACUGCUGUCAAUGAGUAGUCCCAUAAAGAGUUUAAAAAGUAGUUAUUUUCUGUAAUAAUGGCUUAUAAGUAUUUAGUGGUUUUGUGGACUCACAGCUUGUUAUGACUGAGUCUAGGCUUUGAACCAAAAGAUUAUGGAGGUGUAUUUGGUGGAUGUAUUAAUGUUAACUGAAUGACAGUACAAAUGGUUAAACUGGUGGUAAGUGGAGUGAAAUGAAUAGAACAGAGGCACAAAUAAAUGGUGCAGUGUAUUGUGAAUUAAAGUGGAAAGGGGAACACUACCAGUGAUGACGGUGGGUUGGCCAGUGCUGAAAACAGCAAACAUUCCUGCUAACUAUAUAUUUACAGCCACUGACCUACCUACCCAAAAUAAAAAUAUAAACAACAAAAAAAGAUGCUUCCCUGAUUUCCUACACAUAAACACAUAGAAAGCCCACUCCCAACACAAACAGCAAUGAACCCUACUCCUGGUGUGCUACUAUAUACUAUUUACAAACUACAAAUUCAGCAUAAGUACCAAAAAGGAACUGCAAGCAAAGUAGUAUCACAGGGAGUCAUAACAAAACAGCAAACACAGUGAGUCAAAAUACCAGUGAGCUUUAGGCUAGAUAACUGAGCAUUUUUUGGGUACUUUUAUUGUCCUAUGGUGAUGACACAGAAUAAUACUUGGAGUCACAGUCAUGGCUGCAUCCCUGGACUGGUCCACGGAGCGAAAUCCAAGGAAGCCAAAACCAAAAUGGGUGAAAGGAGACUGAAGUUGCAAAACCUAAUGAACACGAUCAGCAAAGAGGGAAGAAAACAGCCACAAAUACACACAGUGGGAUGUAUAAAACUACCAUUACUUCAAAGGUGAUUUUAGAAUUUGGUUCAAUUUUAUGAUAUAAUUGGCUAGAAUGAGUGAGGUGAAAGGCACAUUCAGACGCAGAAGGCAGUAAUUGCCACCACAUCUCAGAUUUGCAAUUUUUUGAUUCUUGAUUUGUGUUUGCAACAAGCUUUAUCAUUCUGUUUUGGAUUACCUUGUAAUUAAGGCUUUUUUGUUCAUGUCAUUGAGAUGUUUCAAAGAUAGAUUGAUUUAAUACAUGUUAAUAGUUGAUAUUUGCUAGUUUUCACAUUUAGCAGUGGUUCCAUCUGACUCAACAACAGAUCCUUAUCUUUUGGUAAAUGUUAUUUGUUUAAUUCAUGUUAAGUAGAUAUGUAUUUAGCUUUACAUAGUUUUAAAAUAACACAAAUAAGAAUUUGCCAAUCAGCUUACUUGAUAUGUUUUAAACUGUCUGUCUUUAGAUAUCUGCAAUAUUUUCAUAUGUAGACAUGCUUUUGACAACAUAUAAUUACAUUACAACAUAUCAUUAUC